AUGGACAAAUCUAAAGAAAACUGCAUUUCAGGGAUGGUUAAGGCUGCAGUUCCUCCCGGCGACGGUCCGAAGCGCGUCCCGGUGCCUCCGCAGUUCCCGCCGCAGCCGCCCUCGUCGGCGCACAGUGGCCAGGCGCAGCGCGUCUUGUGCCCUUCCAAUUCCUCCCAGCGAGUCCCUCCGCAAGCACAAAAGCUGCUCUCCAGCCAUAAGCCGGGUCAGAAUCUGAAGCAGAAGCAGCUGCAGGGCACCAGCGUCCCUCGCCCUGUCUCCAGGCCGCUGAGUAAUCCGCAAAAGAGUGAGCAGCCCCCGCCGGCCGCCCCUGGAAAUAAUUCUGGAAAGGAACUGGCAUCAAAACAGAAAAACGAAGAAUCAAAAAAGAGGCAAUGGGCUUUAGAAGAUUUUGAAAUUGGCCGCCCACUGGGUAAAGGGAAGUUUGGAAAUGUUUAUUUGGCAAGAGAAAAGCAAAGCAAGUUCAUCCUGGCUCUGAAAGUCUUAUUCAAAGCUCAGCUGGAGAAGGCAGGGGUUGAGCAUCAGCUGAGAAGAGAAGUAGAAAUACAGUCCCACCUCAGGCACCCGAAUAUUCUCCGGCUGUACGGGUAUUUCCAUGACGCCACCAGGGUCUACCUGAUUCUGGAAUAUGCCCCCCUCGGAGCCGUCUACAGGGAACUCCAGAAACUGUCCAGGUUCGACGAGCAGAGAACAGCCACUUACAUCACAGAACUGGCAGAUGCCCUGUCUUACUGCCAUUCAAAGAGAGUUAUUCAUAGAGACAUUAAGCCAGAGAAUCUGCUCCUUGGAUCAGCUGGAGAGCUUAAGAUUGCAGAUUUCGGGUGGUCUGUACAUGCCCCAUCGUCCAGGAGAACCACCCUGUGCGGCACCCUGGACUACCUGCCUCCUGAGAUGAUCGAAGGCCGGAUGCACGACGAGAAGGUGGACCUCUGGAGCCUGGGAGUUCUUUGCUAUGAAUUUUUAGUCGGGAAGCCUCCUUUUGAGGCAAGCACAUACCAAGAGACCUACAAGAGGAUAUCACGGGUUGAAUUCACAUUCCCUGACUUUGUACCAGAAGGAGCCAGGGACCUCAUUUCAAGACUGUUGAUGCACAACCCUAGCCAAAGGCUGGCCCUGGGAGAAGUCCUUGAGCACCCCUGGGUCACCGCGAACUCCUCCAAACCAGCGAGCGGCCGGAAAAGCCCAGAGCCCGCGGGCAAGCAGUCGUAA